AUGAACAGGUCGCCUUCCUCCUCCGGGUUAUUGCCCUUGCCUGGUGCGCCUUCGUCGUCGUGGGCCCUCUACCGUGCUCGUCUCUCCAGCCUCCUUCAGAGUGUCGACACCGCCGUCUUUAUCGCAUUUUGGUUAUUUGGCCUCAUCAACAAUGUCCUCUACGUCAUCAUCCUCUCGGCCGCCCAAGACCUGGUCGGAAACGGCAUCCCCAAGGGCGUCGUCCUCCUCGCCGAUGUCAUGCCCAGCUUCCUAACCAAGCUCGUUGCUCCCUACUUUAUCCAUCGCAUCCCCUAUGCCACCCGCAUCUUUAUCUUCGUCGCCCUCUCCUCCGCCGGCAUGCUGCUUAUCGCCUUUACACCGCCGUCCCGAUCGGUGGCCGUCAAGCUGAUCGGCGUCGUCUUGUCCAGCAUCAGCAGUGGUGGCGGCGAGCUGAGCUUCUUGGGUCUCACACACUACUAUGGUCACAUGAGUCUGGCUGCUUGGGGUAGUGGUACUGGCGGCGCAGGUCUCAUUGGGUCCCUGUUGUACGUGAUGCUGACAGACUGGAUCGGCCUCAGCGUCAAGACAAGCUUGCUCGCCUCAGCCUUUCUGCCCAUCAUCAUGCUUGUCAGCUUCUUCUUGAUCCUCCCCCAUGGGCCACUGCGCGCGAGUGCCCGUAAGACCUACGAACCCAUAGCCAAUCGUGACUCUUUCCAGGAAGAAAGAGAGGGGGCCGAGAACAACUUUGACGAUAUACCUACGAGCACGGCAUCAUCAAGCCUCCUUGCACCCGGACCUGCAGUCGCUGCCACGGCGUAUUCAUCGCACCCCACCGAAGACGCUCAAAAGGACUCGCUUGCUGCCAAAAUCCAACGAUCCAAGUCGCUCUUUUUCCCGUACAUGCUCCCGCUUUUGCUGGUCUACAUUGCCGAAUACACCAUCAACCAAGGCGUCUCCCCAACGUUGCUCUUCCCGCUCGAUUCCUCGCCUUUUGCCGAGUUCAGGUCGUUUUAUCCCUUCUACGGUUUCCUCUACCAAGUCGGUGUUUUCAUCUCGCGCUCAUCCAUCGCUUUCAUCCGCAUCCACCAUCUAUACCUGCCGUCCCUGCUUCAAGUCGCCAAUCUCGUUCUGCUUACUUUGCACGCACUGCUCAAUUUCAUCCCGUCUGUUUACAUUGUUUUUGUCAUUAUCUUUUGGGAGGGUUUGCUCGGCGGUUGUGUCUACGUCAACACUUUUGCCGAGAUCAUGGAACACGUGCCUGCAGAGGAUCGUGAAUUCAGCUUGGGUGCUACCUCGGUCAGCGAUAGCGGCGGUAUCUGUGUGGCCAGCUUCCUCAGCAUGGCCAUGGAGAUAUGGCUGUGUAAUUGGCAGGUUGACCAUGGCCGAGAUUGGUGCAGGCGCAUCAAGGCUGGCUGA